CAAAAGGUCAAAAUUACAAUGAGCGGAAGCGAAGGGAGUUCCGGCGGCGGAGAACCGGCGGCAUCACCGACGGAGAUAAAGAAGAAAGAGAAAGCGAGAGUGAGUCGAACAUCGCUUAUUCUAUGGCACGCUCAUCAAAACGAUAAGUCUGCCGUUCGGAAACUUCUAGAAGAAGAUCGUACGCUUGUUCAAGCUAGAGAUUACGAUAACCGUACACCACUCCACGUUGCCGCGCUUCACGGUUGGAUCGAUAUCGGCAAAUGCUUGAUCGAAUACGGCGCCGACGUUAAUGCUCAGGAUCGAUGGAGGAAUACGCCUUUAGCUGAUGCAGAAGGAGCUAAGAAACAUGGCAUCAUUGAGUUGUUGAAGUCAUAUGGUGGCCUAUCUUAUGGGCAAGAUGGAAGUCAUUUUGAACCAAGGGCUGUUCUACCCCCUUUGCCAAAAAAGUGUGACUGGGAGAUUGAUCCUACUGAGCUGGAUUUCUCAAACUCAGUAAUCAUUGGAAAGGGGUCUUUUGGUGAAAUACUAAAAGCUUGUUGGCGUGGAACACCUGUAGCUGUUAAGCGCAUUCUCCCAAACCUUUCAGAUGAUCAAUUGGUGAUUCAGGAUUUUAGACAUGAGGUAAAUUUGCUGGUGAAACUUCGUCAUCCAAAUGUAGUGCAAUUUCUUGGAGCUGUUACCGAGAAGAAGCCUUUAAUGCUAAUAACUGAAUACUUGAGAGGGGGUGACCUUCAUCAGUACCUCAAGGGAAAAGGUGCUCUUAGUCCAUCUACAGCAGUUAAUUUUGCUCUGGAUAUAGCAAGAGGCAUGGCUUAUCUUCACAAUGAACCAAAUGUUGUAAUACACAGAGAUUUAAAGCCCAGGAAUGUUCUCCUUGUCAACUCCAGUGCUGACCAUUUGAAAGUUGGAGACUUUGGAUUGAGCAAGCUAAUAAGGGUUCAAAAUUCCCAUGAUGUUUAUAAAAUGACUGGCGAGACUGGGAGCUACCGAUAUAUGGCUCCUGAAGUUUUCAAGCACCGGAAAUAUGACAAGAAGGUUGAUGUCUUCUCUUUUGCAAUGAUUUUAUAUGAGAUGCUAGAGGGUGAUCCACCAUUGUCGCACUAUGAACCAUAUGAAGCAGCAAAAUAUGUAGCUGAAGGACACAGGCCGAUGUUCAGGGCAAAAGGUCUGACCCCAGAAUUGAAAGAGUAAGUAUA